UGGAAAAUUGAAAAUCAUCCGGAACAUAAUAAAAAACUAAAUCAAAGUAAACACCUAGAAUUCCUCAUCAAAUUCGGUAGUAGCUGUUGUUUUGAACAGAUCUGAAUCGCGAGAAGAAAAAAUCACCAUUGCUGUCGUUUUCAUCACCUUUGUUUCUAUCACUUGCGGAGUUGUUGAUGACGAUUUCUAUCACCGGCAGAGCUUGAAUCGCCUGCAACAAAUCUUAGAGAACAAGGAGAGAGAGAGAGAGAGAGAGAGAGAAUAAAUAGAGAGAAGAAGAAAAAUAAGAAAGUGAGAAUAAAAUAAACUGUGUGUUUCCUUUUAGAAUUAUGGUAAAGGUAGAUGUGUAAAUGACUUAAUUUUUGAAAUAAAAAUAAAUCAAAACAAUAUUAAAAAUAGAAUGGGUUCUUGGGAGAUUGUUCUUUGGGCAUGAGAAUUCAGCUUUGAAUCACCAUUGAUCGAGCAACUUCACACCGAUCAGAUCGAACCGCCAUUCAUAUUCACAUGGUUUGGAUAGAUCUUUAUCGACUCAUUGUCGUUCUUUGUAUCCCUGAGAAUUUUUCUCUUUGUAAGGAUCUUAUCAUUGAUCUUGACAGGGUGAGAGAUCUGUGAGCUCGAGUUUAUUUAUUCCCUCACUAAUUGGCAUUCAAAGAGACAUGUCUAGUAAAAUAUGGAGAUGGGUAUUAGGUCUUAUAUACAUCUUUGCCGUUGCCACGAUUUGGAUCGCAGCCAGCUUCGUAGUCCAGUCUGUCGUUGACGCUGGGGUCUCUCCCUUCUUGAUCACUUUCAUUUGCAAUUCUCUCUUCGUCGUUUACCUUCCCCUCUUCGAGAUCGGGCGGUAUCUCGAAGACUCAUACGGAAGUUUACUGUUUUGGAGAAACAAAAGGUCUCAUUUACUGGAACUUGUCGAAUCAGACAAGGCUGUUUUGCUUGGUCAGGGUGAUGUGAAGUCAGAUGGAUUGGAAAGUUUAGAGCUUGAGGUUGUUGGUGUUGGGAAAGGGUUAGAUGAGAAGGGACGUUGGACGAGGUUGCGUGUUGCUAAAGUUAGCCUUGUGAUAUGUCCGUUUUGGUUCUUGGCGCAGCUCACUUUCAAUCUCUCUCUCAAGUACACGACCGUUACGUCUAAUACUAUCUUAAGCAGCUCAUCAAGCCUAUUCACGUUUCUGGUGUCACUAAUAUUCUUGGGAGAGAAGUUCACGUGGUUGAAGCUCGUCAGCGUUCUUCUUUGUAUGUCUGGGACCAUUAUUGUGAGUCUGGGAGACUCGGAAUCGAACUCAACUGCAACGGUUAAGAACCCUCUUCUUGGAGAUGUUCUUUCUCUGAUCUCGGCGGUGUUUUACGCUGUCUACAUCACUCUUAUACGCAAAAAUCUUCCUGAUGAUGGUGAAGGUAGCGGCCGGUUUAGUAUGGCUCAGCUUCUUGGGUUCCUAGGUCUCUUCAACUUCUUUAUCUUCCUACCUGCUGCUCUAAUACUCAACUUCACAAGGAGAGAGCGGUUCAACGCACUGACCUCGAAACAGUUGGGUCUGGUGGUUGGCAAAGGUUUGUUAGAUAAUGUACUCAGUGACUACCUUUGGGCAAAGGCUGUGCUUUUGACAACGACCACGGUGGCAUCGGCUGGGCUGACCAUUCAGGUUCCAUUGGCAGCGAUUGUAGACAGCUUAUCGGGGAACAAACCAAGCUUCACCGACUUCAUUGGCGCUGUAGCUGUAAUGGGUGGCUUUGCAGGCAUCAAUAUUCCACUAGAGAUGUUUUACAGAUCCAAAGAGACAUCUAUUAUUGAGUUAGAACCUGGAACAUCGUUCACAGAUCCUCCUCAGGUUGUGUCGGAUAGCAUAGGAGUAGAUUCUUCAGAGACCCUAGUGUCCUAACUGCCACACGAUGCUUAUAUCUCUUUGCUCUUUUAUUUUCUGAUUUUUUAGUCUGUAAAUCGUUGAAGGUCGAUAUACGAAUAUAGUUUGAAAAAAAUAGUAAUAAAAAUCGUUCAAAAUUAUUUGACUCA